UUUCGAUUGGAUUAUUUGUUGCUCAACCCGUGAUCUAAAUUAAUUAAUUAUAUAUAAAACUUAGCUGUAUUUUACUUUAAUUCGUGAAACAUUUAAUAACUAUGGGCAUGUGUCGAACGUGCCUCGAAACUCCAGCUGAUAAGGAUAUCUCAGAGUUAGAAAUGGGCAUAAAUGAGGGCACCAAAAGCAGCUUUGAAAUCAUGAUGUUUUGUUUAGACAUAAAGGUUACAGGCGAAUCUAAAAUUACAACGAAUCUAUGCGAUGCAUGCUACGUAAGGAUCAUAUCAUUUUACAAGUUCAAGAACCUGUCUUUAAAAAAUGAUGCUUAUUUGAAAUCAUUGGACCCACUUGUAUCCAAAGUGGAUAAAAAGCCUGUAUACGUAGAUGCAAACGGAAUUAAACACGAGAAUUUCUUAGAUAAUGUUGAAUAUGGCCAAAGUGUGGUUGAAAAUGUAAGGCAAAUUAAAAUAGAAAUUGAAGUAAAAAAAGAGAAUACAUUCGGAUAUGUACAAAAAGAUGUUAAGGAUGAAGAUACACCAGAAGAUGCAGAGUCCGACAAAGAGCCAUUGAGUGUGAUGCAAAAAGUGAAACAUGAAAAUAUUAAAAAAGCGAUAAAAGAUAACCCACCAGAACGAAAAAAACGUGGCCGACCCAAAAAAAGUGAAUCCGCAGAACAUUCAAAUCAAGGUUACCAAGUAUGCGAGGAGUGUGGCAAGUCUGUCCGUAACUUAAAGCAGCACACCGCCCGGCACGUGCCUACCGGUGAACGGAAGACAGUGCAGUGUGAUACCUGUCCUAAGGUGUUCUGCACAAAAGGAGCUCUGCGAGAACACUACAAAUUUACACACUUGGGAAUGAAAUUUAAAUGUGAUGUUUGUGAUAAAGAGGUGACAAACCUAACAACGCACAAGCUGCUCGCGCACGACCGGGACGCGCUCCCGUUCGCCUGCGUGUCGUGCGGCCGCCGCUUCGUGACGCAGUCCGCGCUGGCCACGCACAUGAUCACACACACAAAGGGCUCCGAUACCUUGAUCCACGAGUGUGACGUCUGCCAUACUAAGUUUAACCGUAAAGGUGUCCUUUCAAGGCACAUGCGGCGGGUCCAUGAAAAAGAAAGAAAAUAUCAAUGUGAAUUUUGUUCAAAAGGUUUCUUUACGAAAUAUUCACUUGAACUACAUAUAAGGUCCCAUAAGAAAGAGCGUCCAUACAAAUGUGAGGAGUGCGGGAAGACGUUCUCUCACAGCGUUUCUCAUAAGAACCAUCAGCUCAUACACACCGGCGUCAAGAACUAUCAUUGUGAAGUGUGCAACGUGGCCUUUAUGAGGGUUGAAUACCUUCGUAAACACAUGAUAAGUCACACGAAGGAGAAGAACCACCCGUGCCGGUAUUGCGGCAAGCGCUUCGGUCGCACGGACCACCGCCGGAAACACGAGAUCACAGCUCACCAAAAACAUCUGACAGCCGACUGA